GAAAAAAAUGUCAUCAUCACCAUCAUCAACAUUUCCAAUUUUCUUUUUAUUAAUACUUUUAAAUUCAUCGUUUAUAUCUACUGAAAGAUGCGAUAUUAUAGUUCAUGUUAAAUCAAUGACUGACACCCCAUUUAAUGCUAAAGUAAUUGCUCCGAGUGGGCAGUCUAGUGAAAUGUGGAAAUUUACAAAAAAUCGUCAAAAAGAAACUUUCCAUCCUGUUGUGAAUGGAACGGGGGAUUGCACUAAAGGGCAGUGGGAAAUACAAACAUUUGACAAAAAUGGAGGGUCUAAGGCAACGGAAAAGGUCUCUCUAAGCGGAACAGGCCGUGUCCUCUACGAAGUAAAAGACAAUCUUUUACCAAUACAAAGUGAACGUCAAGGUGCUGUUUGUGAUGAGGGAAAAUGUGCAGCUCUAGGACAUCUUCCGAAUACUCCUAAACCGAAGAAUAAUUCUUCCAAUUAA